AUGAAUUUAGGAAUACGGCCAUUUGCCAAUGUUCUUGUUGCGGAUUUUCUUAGGGAUGUUGAACGAGAUGCAGAAUUCGCACGACAAGAAUUUCGUCGUCCAUUGGAUCCUUUUGAAUUACCCGAUCAUCAAUUUGUUCAAAUUUAUCGUCUUAAUAAAGAAAUGGUGGACAAUAUAAUUGAUGGAAUGGAAAAUUUUGUACCACAAAGAAGAGUUUCAGCAAUUGAUGUUUCUACAAAAGUUUUAACAGCAUUGCGGUUCUUUGCUUCGGGCAGUUAUCAAAUGGAUAUAGGGAAAAGCAUUUUUUCAAAUAUUUCUCAACCCUCUGCCAGCAGAUGCAUAAACGAUGUUACGCAAUUUUUCAAUACAAGAGAUAUUUUCCAGGAAUGGAUUCACUUUCCGCGAAAUUUCGAUGAAUUAAACACUGUUCGAGGAGGGUUUUAUGAAAAAUACGGGUUCCCAGGAAUUGUGGGAUGUGUGGAUGGAACACACGUGGCUAUUUAUCCACCAAAUAUUGCUAAUGCUCUAUAUCCCGAAAAUGAUUACGUCAACAGGAAAAAUUACCAUUCGAUCAAUACUCAAUUGAUCUGCGAUAGCAACAUGAGAAUAUUGCACGUAAAUGCCCGAUAUCCAGGAAGUACCCAUGACUCUUUUAUAUGGCAAAAUAGC